AUGGAGGGGGAGGGGGAGGGGGAGGUGAGGAGGGACAUGUGGGGGCAGGAGUACCGGACGGCGUCGCCGGACUGCGCGGCGGCGCUGGACGACUACUACGCGCAGACCAUGGCCUUCGGCCGCGGCCGGGGGCGCGCCGUGCUCCGCGCGGCCGCCGCCGACCCGUCCUGCGCGCUCGCCGCGCUGCACGCCGCGCACUUCGUCGGCCCGCGCGACCGCGCCGGGGCCGCCGCCUUCCUCGCCGCCGCAGCCGGCAGCCUCGGCAAGGCGACGGGGUACGAGCGGGCGGUGUUCCGGGCGCUCUCGGCGCUCGUCGGCGAGGACAGGGACACGGAGGUGGCCAUCGAGCGCCAUUUCCAGUUGCUCAAGGAAUUCCCCAGGGAUCUCAUGUCCCUCAAGAGGGCGCAGCUCCUCUGCUUCUAUGUCGGACGGCCGGACACAUCCCUCGAAUUUGUUCAACAAGUUUUGCCGGAGAACCAAGAUCGGAACUAUAUAUAUGGCAUGCUUGCUUUCCCUUUGCUAGAGCUUGGAAGAAUGGACGAAGCUGAGGUAGCUGCUCGCAAAGGCUUGGCUAUAAACAAGAACGACUUCUGGUCACAGCAUAAUAUGUGCCAUGUUUUCCAGCAGGAAUGUCGCUUCAGAGAAGCUACUGAAUUCAUGGAAUCAUGUUCUCCAUCAUGGACAGCAUGCUCAUCAUUUAUGUUUACCCACAACUGGUGGCAUGUGGCAGUCUGUUACUUGGAAGGUGAAUCCCCUAUUAGGAAAGUUCUGGAGGUAUAUGAUCAAAACAUCAUGAAGGAACUCGAUAGAAGUGAUUGUGAGCCAGCAGAGGUGUACUUGAAUGCUCUCGGUUUGCUACUCCGUUUAUAUAUACGUGGUGAGAUAGGUCCGGCCAAAGAGAGGCUAACAACAUUGCUAGAUGAGCUUAAGAAUGAGUCCAUUUGGCAUGCGGAAUGGCUCCUUGAUUUACUUUUAUUAUGGGCAUUACCAUGUAUGAAUGAAAUUGAAGCAGCAGAAAAUCUGCUGGACUCACUACGAUCAAGAGUCUCUUCAAUGGACACGAAGAGACAGCAAGUGAUGCACAAGGCAAUUCAGCUAGCCGAUGCUGUUUAUAAAUAUGGAAAAGGAGAGCACAAGGCGGUGUUUGACACCCUGGGUCCAGACUUCGAUGGGCUUAGCUAUAAAAUGAUUGGUGCAUCGGAUGAACAAGUGGACGUCUUCAAUGAAGUUUGGUACACUGUGCUAAUAGAUGCUGGAGAGACAUCUACAGCAAUUGAGCUGCUCGUCAAACAAAUCAGCAAACGACAGGGCGCGCCUUUCCUGUGGCGCUUGCUGGAGAAAGCAUACGCAGUGGAGGGCAGAGCCGAGGAUGCUUCAGUGGCUGCCGAGAAGGCAAAUGCUCUACAAGCUGCUCAUUUUCAUUAG